AUGUUAUCUUUAAAGGCUUCAAGAGCUGAUAACUUUUAUUAUAACAAUGUAGAAGAUGAAAAAUCAAAGAAGAAAAAAGAAGAAAUAAAAAAGAAAAAGAAAAAAGAUUAUAGUGAAAUUAAAUUUGAAAUACCUUAUACUAUAAUAUGUACAAAAUGUGAUACAUAUAUUUACAAAGGAGAAAGAUUUAAUAGUGAAAGAAGAAAAGUUGGUUAUUAUAUAAGCACAUAUUUUUAUUCAUUUUCUAUUUUUUGUAAAAAUUGUUUUAAUAAAAUAAUUAUUGAAACAAAUCCGAAAAAUUGUUCUUAUGAUAUUAUUGAAGGUGCUAAAAAAAAAGAUGAAAAUUAUAAAAAUAUUUUUACCCAAAAGGGAAUAAAUAAUAUCAACACUAUAGAUUUAAAUGAGAUUAAAAAAAAAAAAGUUAAUCCUUUCUUGCUAUUAGAAAAAAAAGCUAUACAAAAUAAAAAUGCACUAUUGUAUUGUAACAAAGGAGAAAAUAAUAUAUUAAGUGAAAGUGAAAAGGAUAGCUUAGAUAAAGAAAAAAAUGAGACUAAUGAAAAAAAAGAAGAAAUUUAUUUUACACAAGAAAAAAAAAAUCAAGGAAAAGAAUACACACAAGAAAAUUUUAAUUUUUUAUCAAGUGAUGAAGAUAUAAACGAUGUUAUAAAAGAAAAUUAUAAAAGGAAUAAUAUUCUACAAAAUGAUUUUAUUUGUAACAGUAAUUUAAGAAAACAAUUAAGAGAAAUUAAAAAUGAUAAAAUAAGAAAAAGAGAAGAAUAUAAAAAGAAAAAUAUUUUCAUAGAUAUUGUAAGAGAUCCUUAUGAAGAUGAAAGGGUUAAAAAAUAUAUACUUUUAAAUGAAAAAUAUAAGAAAAACAUCAAAGUGAAAAAAAAAUUUUUGAAAAAUCAUUUAAUAACCAAAAGAAGUAGUAUAUUUGAUAAAAAGUAUCUAAGAUAA